AAAUAUUCUACCCGUGAGGUCACAUACGUCAUUGAAGAUAGUCUUGGAAUCGCUCGAAAGCAUUAGGGUUUUCUUUGCAAGAUCAAGGGUUUUAGGAUUCAAAGUUCAUAUCUCAUGCUGCUACAUCACAAAUCAAUCAUCAUCCCUGGUCUUUCAAGAACUGAUCUCAAUGCCAUUGUGACUGCUAGACCAAAAGCUAUAUUGCACACAAAGGUUCAAGAUACAGCCUUACCUAGUGUUGAUUACUUGAGAACUGUUUUAGGGUCAGAUGAUCUAGUUAUUACUGCUAUUAAGCGGUUCCCACUAGCGUUAACGUAUGAUUUACAAGUCUAUGCUGCGGAAAAUGUUCGAAUGUUGUUGGAAGUAGGGGCUCCUGAUGCAACUAUACGAGCUUUUCUGGCACGACAGCCCCGAACUUUCUUUACAUCUGCGGAUAGGUUUAGAAAAGUUGUUAGGGAUGUGAUGGAGAUGGGGUUUGACCCUUCGAAAUAUAGGUUUCUUUGGGCGAUUCAUGCUAUUCGGGCUAUGAGCAAGUUGACAUGGGAUAAGAAACUGGAGAUUUAUAAGAAGUGGGGUUGGUCAAAAGAUGAGAUUUUUAUCGCGUUUGAGCGGUGUCCGGGGUGUAUGAUGGCUUCGACGGAUAAAAUUGCACGAAUGUUGGAUUUUCUUGUGAAUACGAUGGGUUGGGAAAGCAGUUUUAUUGUUCAAUGGCCGAUAGUCAUUAGUUUUAGCUUAGAGAAGAGGGUUAUUCCUAGGUGUUUGGUUUAUCAGUAUGUAGCGGAGAAAGGGUUGGUUGAGGAACAAGAGGAUUUUUGCUUUACAAAGUGGUUGAUGUACUCGGAAAAGAAGUUUCUUAAAUGGGUUGUGAAGAGGUAUGAAGACGAAGCCCCUGAAAUAUUGAAACUGUAUCGAAAGCAUUUGAAUGAGGCAAAUGGGUCGACCACUUCCAUUCUUCGAAAAAGAGAUGUAAUUUGACUCUUGGGAUGAUCGUUUUUUGACCAGUUUUGAUAAGAGUUAACAGAUUCUUAUUUGGUUUUAUUAAGCCAUGUCUUUCAUGUUUAUUCAUAGAUUCAACAAAACCCUUUUGAGGAUUUAUAAUUUCUGUUAGGAGUGCUAAACCAGUCGUGUCAUGUCAAACAUGAAAUUUUUGCAUGAAACCGAACAUCACCCAUGUACUUGUCGGUCGACACAUACAGCUUGUCUAACGAAUUCAUACAGUUCGAUUUAUUUUUUA